GACGCUCGAGACAAGUUGCUAUUGAAGUUGGUCGAUGCGCAGAAAGCCCGGCAGGCGCAGGCUGUAAUUGGAGGUAAAAUGGCGCUGACUUCUCAAGGAACAAAGAAGAAAGUUUGCUACUAUUACGAUGGUGAUGUGGGGAAUUACUACUAUGGUCAGGGUCAUCCCAUGAAACCCCACAGAAUUCGCAUGACCCACAACCUUCUGCUGAAUUAUGGCCUCUACAGAAAGAUGGAAAUUUAUAGGCCUCACAAGGCCAAUGCCGAAGAGAUGACCAAGUAUCACAGUGACGACUACAUCAAGUUCCUGCGCUCCAUCCGGCCAGACAACAUGUCUGAGUACAGCAAGCAGAUGCAGAGAUUCAAUGUUGGGGAGGAUUGUCCUGUCUUUGACGGCUUAUUUGAAUUCUGUCAGCUCUCGACAGGUGGCUCUGUUGCCGGGGCUGUGAAACUCAACAAACAGCAGACAGACAUCGCCAUUAACUGGGCAGGAGGGCUUCAUCACGCCAAGAAGUCUGAGGCAUCUGGGUUCUGUUAUGUCAACGAUAUUGUCUUGGCUAUUCUGGAACUGCUCAAGUAUCAUCAAAGAGUGCUUUACAUUGAUAUUGACAUUCAUCAUGGAGAUGGAGUUGAAGAAGCUUUCUACACAACAGACCGUGUCAUGACUGUGUCCUUCCACAAGUAUGGAGAGUAUUUUCCUGGUACAGGAGAUCUAAGAGAUAUCGGCGCAGGAAAGGGAAAAUACUACGCUGUCAACUACCCACUCAGGGAUGGAAUAGACGACGAAUCAUAUGAAGCCAUAUUCAAACCUAUCAUGGCCAAAGUGAUGGAAAUGUAUCAGCCCAGUGCUGUGGUGCUUCAAUGUGGUGCUGAUUCUCUGUCUGGAGACAGACUGGGAUGCUUCAACCUCACCAUCAAAGGUCAUGCCAAGUGUGUGGAGUACAUGAAGAGCUUUAAUCUGCCACUGCUGAUGUUGGGCGGUGGAGGUUACACCAUCAGGAACGUGGCCCGCUGCUGGACCUUUGAGACCGCUGUUGCACUGGACUCCACCAUUCCUAAUGAGCUCCCAUACAACGAUUACUUUGAGUAUUUCGGACCUGAUUUCAAGCUCCACAUCAGUCCCUCCAACAUGACCAAUCAGAACACAAACGACUAUCUGGAGAAAAUCAAACAGCGUCUGUUUGAGAAUCUGAGAAUGCUGCCUCACGCCCCGGGUGUUCAGAUGCAGGCGAUUCCAGAGGAUGCCGUUCAGGAAGACAGCGGAGAUGAGGAGGAUGAUCCUGAUAAACGCAUAUCUAUUCGUGCCCAUGACAAGCGGAUAGCAUGCGAUGAGGAGUUCUCCGACUCUGAGGAUGAAGGUCAGGGUGGCCGGAGAAAUACAGCCAAUUACAAGAAGCCCAAACGGGUGAAGACUGAAGAAGAGAAGGAUGGAGAGGAGAAGAAAGGUGAGCCAACAGAUGUUAAAGAAGAGGAAAAAGCUCCAGAGGAAAAAAUGGACACAAAAGGGCCAAAAGAAGAAUUAAAAGCGGUCUGAACAAAUGGACGUUCGGUUGUCGCAGCUGCAUGAACUUAAGUUGUCAUACGUCCUUCAUCCUCUCAUGUCAACCCUGCAUACACGAACACAUUCUUGAUGUUAGCCCUUGAGCGACACACUGUAAAUUAUUUUGUAUGACUCGUUUUACUAUUUGUAAUCUAAUGAAGCGCUAUAAAGGUUUUUACAUUACAAGUGUGAAAUGAAAGAUGUACCUUUUUUCUUUUCUUUUAGUGCUUUAAAACCAUGUACGUUUCCCCCAAACUUAAACUUUGUUACUGUUUACUGCAUAUAGCACCUCGAGCAGGACCACAAUGGCACAAAUUUUCUCCUUAAAGUUGUUCUGAAUGGUGGACUCGACAAUUAUUGGUUGCCCAUAUUUGGUUUCGAUUUCUCCUUGGAUGCUGUUUGUCUGGCGUCCUUUACCUCGUUUUUAAGCGAUAAAUGCUUGUUUUUAUUAUAAAGGUGUCUGUGUUGAUGACUCUUGAGAACUUCCAUCUGUCUAAUGGGCAUGGAAAUUUGUUUGCUGUAUUGCUCUUAGAUUCCACAUUAUUUUCUGUUGUGGUUACGCUAGCGAGUCAGUCACACGGUAUGACCUGAUUUAGCCAUUUGGCGUUCAGUGAUUGUUAAAUGUCCUUAUUAUAACAAUGACUUUGGUAAAUAAAAGAGAGAGCCUCUA